AAAAAAAAACAAAAACAAACGAAAGGCCGACAGGAGAAUCGGUAGUGAAACUGCAUGGAAUUGAUGGCCAGUGAACCAGAGGAGAGAAGAAUCGAGCACACUUUGCUCCGAUCAGAGUUUGAGUAAUAAUCCCAAAGCCCGCAUACUAAAUACUUUGGCAUUACUUACUUGGAUUCGAUAGAGGGAACAGCGUCGAUACUGAGUGCCGACCACGGACAAUAGGAUUCGUUAAAGUAAAAAUGCCGCUGGCGUUGCAGUCGCAGCUCGUGGCUCUAGCCACGCCUCCGCCCCACUAAAGGUCUAGGCCCCUGACACAGUCAGAGGCGGAGGCGUCAGAAGGGGCGUGCGAGCGUCCGACGGCAACGGCAACGGCUACGGCUACGGCAAAAUGGCCGCUAGCCCAGGAAAUGCAACAGCAACAUCGGGAGCAACAGGAGCAGCGGAAAGAGCAGCAACCACAACGGGAACAACAGCAACCACAACCACAACUACAGGCACAGGGAGAGCGUUGAUGAACCACCUGCUGAACCGCUCGGCGGAGAGGAACCGCACCAAUGAGGUCGAUAAAGAUGGAGGACUGGGGGAAGACGGCGUCGGGAUUGGAGCCCCCCCGACGCCAACGGGUUACCUCCCGCUCUACGAGGACGAGACGCAGCCGGCGGCGGAGGAUGAUGGCUAUGCCCUAAUCGACGACAUCAGCGACUGGCUCCUGAGCUCCGCCAGCGCAGAGAACGCCACGUCCACGUCAACGUCCACGGCAGCAGCGAUGGCAACGAAAAUGGGAAUGGGAAUGGGAACGGACACAGCCACCUCGACCACCAAUGAUACCCUGGGUUGGCUGAGCCUCGACCUAGGGGAAGCGUUGAACACCACGCAGCCCAGUCGGGUCAAUUCCAGCAUGGUGGACGAGGGGGAGGAGGAGGCGCCCGGCGACGGCCUCUACGCGCUGCGGAACUUCGUGGAGCAGCAGUUGGCCGGUGGCGAGGCCGGCACCGGUGCCGGGGAGGAAGCGGACAUUGCACUGAUCGACAGCGGGGAGGAGGCGGCCUUGGAUAACGUAGCUGAUGCGGAAACGGACUACGGUCUGUUAGGAGGCUUCGGCGAUGUUGAGCUGCUUCAGCGGACGGCUACGAUGGCCAAGGCGACGCUCAGAAACCGCACGACGGCGGUGUCGAGCGGAGGUGGUAUGGUUGGAGGAGGAGGAGUAGACGGCCCGGCUGGUGGUGGUGGUGGAAGCUCAUUUAUGCUGCUUCUGGAGAACUUUAACGACUACUUUCCUAACUACAAUGGCAGCACGGUUUCGGGAACAACAAUAACAUCAGCUGCCGCGGCAACAACACCAAGCAGCGGCAGUGGCGGCAUCCUGAUGGAACAGAACCUCACGGGACUGUUCCUGGACACUUAUCGGAUGAACUGCACCAACGAGACGCUGAACCUGACGUCCGAGUCUUGUGGCGAGCUGAGAAUCGUGGACCACAACUACUGGGCGCUCAUCUUGAUACUGUUCCCCAUCCUUACCCUCUUCGGCAACAUCCUGGUCAUCCUGUCCGUAUGCCGCGAGCGAUCGCUGCAGACAGUUACGAAUUACUUUAUAGUUUCUUUAGCCAUAGCCGAUCUCCUGGUCGCCGUGGUCGUGAUGCCAUUUGCUGUUUACUUUCUGGUAAAUGGGGCCUGGGCAUUGCCUGAUGUUGUUUGUGAUUUCUAUAUAGCCAUGGAUGUGAUAUGCUCUACUUCAUCGAUAUUCAACUUAGUUGCCAUCUCCAUAGACAGAUAUAUCGCUGUGACGCAGCCAAUAAAGUACGCCAAGCACAAAAACAGUCGCCGCGUUUGCCUUACGAUACUGCUGGUGUGGGCCAUAUCGGCUGCAAUCGGCUCGCCGAUAGUUCUCGGCCUAAACAACACGCCCAAUCGCGAACCGGAUGUGUGCGCCUUCUACAACGCCGACUUUAUACUCUACUCGUCGCUGAGCAGCUUCUACAUACCCUGCAUCAUCAUGGUAUUCCUCUACUGGAACAUAUUUAAGGCCCUACGUAGUCGUGCCAGAAAGCAGAGGGCUGCCCGUAAGCCGCAUCUCUCGGAGCUGACGGGCGGCAGCGUCAUCGAGAACAUCGCCCAGACUAGACGACUGGCGGAGACGGCCCUCGACAGCAGUCGCCAUGCCAGCCGGAUCAUGCCGGACGAGCCGGCCACCAACACGGCCAGUGGUUCCAACGAGGAGGAGGACGAAAACGCCAUUUCACCGGACAUCGACGACUGUCAUGUCAUUGUGAACGACAAGUCCACCGAGUUCAUGCUGGCGACCGUCGUCGAGGAGACCGGCAACAGCGUUGUGGCUCAGAUCACCACACAGCCGCAGCUGGUGGUUGCCGAUCCGAAUGGUAAUCAUGAUUCUGGUUAUGCAGCCUCAAACGUUGAUGAUGUCCUUGCAGGCGUGGGCGUGGCCACGGGCCCGGCCGGCACCGCCGCAGCGGUGAGCAGCGCCACGCCCCCAGACAGCCCCCUGCCCAGCGGAGCCACCCUGCAGCGGUCGAGUGUCAGCAGCCGGCGCAACACCGCCGAGGACUCGCCGAAGCGCGGCGAGCCACCACUCAGCGUCGCCAUGAAGCCAUUGUCCUUUGUCCGCUAUGGAGUGCAGGAGGCCAUGACUUUGGCACGCAACGACUCAACGCUAUCGACCACAUCGAAAACGUCCUCGCGCAAGGAUAAGAAAAACUCGCAGGCGUCAAGAUUCACGAUAUACAAGGUGCACAAGGCCUCGAAAAAGAAACGCGAAAAAUCGUCGGCCAAAAAGGAACGCAAGGCCACAAAAACAUUGGCCAUCGUUUUGGGUGUCUUCCUCUUCUGCUGGCUGCCAUUCUUCACCUGCAACAUCAUGGACGCCAUGUGCGCCAAAUUCAAUAAAGACUGCCGACCGGGUCUGACGGCCUACAUGAUGACCACCUGGCUGGGCUACAUCAACAGCUUUGUCAAUCCCGUGAUCUAUACGAUAUUCAAUCCAGAGUUUCGCAAGGCCUUCAAGAAGAUCAUGCAUAUGGGGUGAUUGAAAACGACGAGCAUGACAGCAGCAGCAGCGGCAGCACCAGCAAUCACAACAAUAGCAAUAGCAAGCAAGCCGAAACUGGACUAAGAGCAAAACUGUACUUAAUCAAAGGUGUAAGUAAGUAGAUGGAUGAAUGAAUGGGUAAAUGGAAUGAUGUAUGUUUGGAGCACAGUGCCAAAUUAAAGCAAUGGAUGGAGAGAUGGAUCGAUCGAUACUCGCCACUCAAUUAGGCAUAUAAGUCUCGAGGCAAGGAGAUCCCCGUUCGUUUUGUUCGUAGGUACAAUAGCCCUAAGCAUGUGUACUCAAAGGUUCAGCCAUCUAUGUACAUAGAUCUGUAUAUACAUCUACCAUUUAGCUCUAAUUAUGCAUAAGUACUAUACACAUAUAAUCUCUAUACCAAUAUCGCGUUGAGAGCAUUACGAGCUGUAGGCUAGGUACAAUUUUAAACAAUUACGUUUAGCUAAUCCUAAUCUCGAACGAUAUAAUCAAACGCCCCUCCCCAAACUGAAUACUGAAAAUAACUCUACCGUAGCCAUAAGUUCCACAAGUUGUCGGAUCAGAUUGGAACCAAUUCGCUUUAAAUUGAGGAUAAUGUUUUGUAUGCUAAUUCCUGACCUAUCACAUAUCACGAGCAGACAACUACUCGUAUUCCCAUCACCGAAUGACGCCCCCGCUCCCCCUUCCAGCCCCACCCCAAUGAGUAGAUAAGUGUAGAGAAGAAAUUCCAUAUCUUUAAAGGCAACGGCAACUCGAAGCAGAAGAUUUCGAAGAUGCUCGAAGUUAGCGUUUCGAUACUUGGUAUCGAUACUUAGUGUAUUGCAGCUGUAUUAGGCAGGAUAUAAAUAAGUGACAAGCAGGGCCUUGAGGUCAGCGGCCCCACGCACACACAGCACACACACUCACACACACGAAUGAAUCAAGUUAAGGACGAUAACUGAUAUUAAUAAGUUAUCGAUAAGCGAAAAAGUAAGGGAUGGAUGGGUGGUCAAGAAUGGUCACGGUAACUCAAAUAAACUAUUUUCUAUCAGUCUAUCGGUAAGU